UACACACACAGCAACAGCAUCGAACGAAGCACUCAGUCGAGCACGUCGAUAUCUGCAAUCCUACAGUUGGUCAGAUGGCGAGCGGCGGGGGCAAGGUGACCGCUUUGUCCUGGGCGGCGGCGAUGAGCGUGGGCGCGGGCGCGGGCACGGUGGAGGCGCUCAAGGGGCGGCACGCCGGGCUGUGCCGCUGGAAAUACCACGCGCUCCCGUGCGUCCAGCAGCACACCGGCACCGCGGUCGCCGGGAACGGCAAGACCAUGGCGGCGCCCGCUGCCGGCGGGGCCGCGGCGAGGAGGAGGAAGGCGAGGAAGGAGGAGGAGGAGGAGGAGCUCCGGACAGUCAUGUACCUCAGUAACUGGGGACCGAACAAUUAGCUAGCUGAUUAUUUAGUCAUCAGUUAUCUCCUCUGUUCUUCUUAGAUGGCCAGAAUGGUGCACUAGCUGCACCAGUUCGUCUGGCUGGAUCUGGACGUGAACACAGCACGCGCAUUCUCGAGCUUGGGUAAGACACGGUACGGUGCGGUAGUGCAUACCUCCAUCCGGCAGGAUUUCAGUACAUACGGUCGCUCUGAAUUUACAGAUGCCUUCGUAUGGUUCAUCAGUUUUUUCUUUUUGAAAUGUUCGUAUGGUUCAUUCUUGUUACUAUUUCGUUCUGCUGUCCGAACGGAAAACGAAAACUGUCAGUUCUGCUAUCGAAAAGACAGUCCGAAUUUUGCAAACCUGGUCACCGGACUAGAAAAAGUACUUCCUAGGCAAGCCUCAAAUUUACUCGAAUGGCUAGCAAAUGAAGUGUACAAGGCGAUACAAGGGUGGAGAUUCAACGUGUCUAGGCUGGAUUAAGGUGUCCGCUCUUCAGUCCCUGGAUCAUUUUCCUUGUUCCGUUAUGCUGUCUUAGUUUCGUGUCUGUAAUGGUUGCCAGUCACUGAUGCCUUGCAUGAUGACUUUGGUUUUUGCU